AUGCAGGCGGUCAACCGGUUCAUCUUUGGACCCACGCAGGAAGAACGGGUCAAGGCGGUACAGUCGCAGCUGAGAUCGGAGCAGCGUGCGCUCGACCGAGAGAUGCGCCAGAUUGACCAGGGCACCAGCAAGACCAAGAUGGAGAUCAAGAAGCUCGCCAAAAAGGGCGACACCAAAAACGCAAAGGUGCUCGCAAGGGAAGUCGUCCGCGCCGGGAAACAGCGGAAUCGCCUCGCCCUCAGCAAGGCCAGGCUCAACAGCAUCAACCUGCAGCUACAGCACCAGCUCGCCAUGUACAAGGUGACCGGGAGCAUGUCCAAAUCGACCGAGAUCAUGAAGCUCUCGAACCAGCUCGUCAAGCUGCCUGAGGUGUCCAAGGUGAUGCGCGAGAUGAGCAUGGAGAUGACAAAGGCCGGCAUCAUGGAAGAGAUGCUGGACGACACGCUAGAUUCGGGCGUGCUGGGCGAGGACGAGGACGAGAUGGAGGAAGAGGCGCAAGGCGAAGUCGAUAAGGUCCUCUUUGAGCUCACCGACGGCAAGCUCGGGCAAGCGAGCACCACCGACCACCUCCCCGACCUCGCCCAGCCCGAGCCGCAGGCCAGCGAGGAAGAGGAGCGCAAGGACAUGCAGAGGAUGCAGGACGCCCUCGACGGACUGCUGCGGGGCUGA